UGUGUGUUCUCCCUGGUCAGAUGUCCUGCUGGUCUCAGUGUUAAAGGGACAGACCGUUAAUGUGUGUGUUCCAGGCUGUGUGUUCUCCCCUGGUCAGAUGUCCUGCUGGUCUCAGUGUUAAAGGGACAGACCGUUAAUGUGUGUGUUCCAGGCUGUGUGUUCUCCCCUGGUCAGAUGUCCUGCUGGUCUCAGUGUUAAAGGGACAGACCGUUAAUGUGUGUGUUCCAGGCUGUGUGUUCUCCCCUGGUCAGGGAUGUCCUGCUGGUCUCAGUGUUAAAGGGACAGACCGUUAAUGUGUGUGUUCCAGGCUGUGUGUUCUCCCCUGGUCAGAUGUCCUGCUGGUCUCAGUGUUAAAGGGACAGACCGUUAAUGUGUGUGUGUGUUCCAGGCUGUGUGUUCUCCCCUGGUCAGAUGUCCUGCUGGUCUCAGUGUUAAAGGGACAGACCGUUAAUGUGUGUGUGUUCCAGGCUGUGUGUUCUCCCCUGGUCAGAUGUCCUGCUGGUCUCAGUGUUAAAGGGACAGACCGUUAAUGUGUGUGUUCCAGGCUGUGUGUUCUCCCCUGGUCAGAUGUCCUGCUGGUCUCAGUGUUAAAGGGACAGAACGUGACGGGGAUCCGCCCGGGAAGAGGGAAGCUGACUGAAUCUGCCGCUGUCGUCCUGCUGAGAGCUGAGACAUUACAGAGACUCCACAGGUACAGGGAGUUGGCCCGUUACCUGAAGGUGGUUCAUAGUGGGAACACAGAACUUGUCCAGGCGGUGAGGGAUCUGAUCCCUCUCUUCCUGAUGAAGGCCGGGGACUUUAGCUCCGCCCUCUCCUCCUUCUUCUCUCCGCCCCCUGGGGUCUGCUGCCCCGCCUGCCGCCUGACGCCACGCCUCUUCACCCUCUAUCUACGCAUCAUCACCACGGCAACCACGCCCAGCGCCACCGCUGCCAUGGCAACGCAGCCCCUCUCCCCCGACACUCCCUGGGAGGAGGUCAAAGAUGCUGUGGUUCCCAGGCAGGUCGAGGUGGUGAAGUUUGGCCUGAGGGUUCUGAAGAGCAACAUGGCUGUCUACAAGGACUCUGAGAGUUGGGCAUACUUUCUCCACGUGCUCAAUUCUCCUGCUGGUCCUCCUGACACUGCCUUUCUGACGGAGGCGAGAAACGUUACCAUGGAGAUCCUGCUGAACCAGGGAUCUCUGGGACACCUCAUCCAGAUCCCACGGACCUUCCUGAUGGUGUAUCCGGACCAGGCCCUGUUGCUGUUGGUAACUCAGGCUCUGGCGCUACGGAUCCUCCACGAACCUUUGACCCCCGCUCUACCAGUCCUCAACUAUUACAAGGGUCAUGUGUGGGCCUUGAGGUGGCUUGUUGGGUUCCUGUCUUCGUCUCCUGGAAGACUGGAGUCCUUCCUCAGAGGGGUAGCAGUGGAGCUGCACAACACUGAUGGAUCCCAGCUGUCGCCCUCCUCCUUCCCUUCUUCCUCCCUCAAAGACCAGCCUGGCCCCUUCUGGCACUACCUCACAGACUUAAUCAGAGAGACUCUAUCUGUAAGAGUACAAAAACAGAGGAGUGUCUGUUGGUCUGUUGUGUUACUGACGGAGUGUGUGUCUGUCUCCAGGACUCUAUCUGUGAGAGUAGAAAACAGAGGAGUGUCUGUUGUGUUACCGACGGAGUGUGUGUCUGUCUCCAGGACUCUAUCUGUAAGAGUACAAAAACAGAGGAGUGUCUGUUGGUCUGUUGUGUUACUGACGGAGUGUGUGUCUGUCUCCAGGACUCUAUCUGUGAGAGUAGAAAACAGAGGAGUGUCUGUUGGUCUGUUGUGUUACCGACGGAGUGUGUGUCUGUCUCCAGGACUCUAUCUGUAAGAGUACAAAAACAGAGGAGUGUCUGUUGGUCUGUUGUGUUACCGACGGAGUGUGUGUCUGUCUCCAGGACUCUAUCUGUGAGAGUAGAAAACAGAGGAGUGUCUGUUGGUCUGUUGUGUUACUGACGGAGUGUGUGUCUGUCUCCAGGACUCUAUCUGUGAGAGUAGAAAACAGAGGAGUGUCUGUUGGUCUGUUGUGUUACCGACGGAGUGUGUGUCUGUCUCCAGGACUCUAUCUGUGAGAGUAGAAAACAGAGGAGUGUCUGUUGGUCUGUUGUGUUACCGACGGAGUGUGUGUCUGU